AGUGCAGUUCCUCGUGAGGGAUACACGGUUAGCAAAGGGUGUGCUUGGGGUACCGGUAAAAAGGGGUAGAAAGAGCUUCGUGCGUGGGUGGAAAGGUGGCGUGCGGGUGGAAAACAAAAGAAAAUUGAGAAAGGGGUGGUGGCGGUUUGAGUUCGGGUAGAAGGGGAAAGGUGCGCGAAGACGUGGAUUCGCUGUUGGAGAGUAUUUUGGGUCGUGGAGGGAGAACCGGCGCUGUCUUCGCAGUGCUUCGUGCAGAAAUCGACGUCGUCGUGAGACUAACAUCGUUGCUUGAGUCGGUGCUCUUGAGCAGUUCACAACCGACACCGGUUCAGCCGAGAAUCCACAGGAACAGUGCGCGAUUGUGCUAUUCUGAAAAUUUUCCACAGUCUGUCGCGAACUCUUUCACGACAUACCGUCACGUCUACCACUGGGGUAUACCCGUGAAAGAGCCCCCAAGUGACUUUAUCAAGUGCACAGACAGACCCUCAGCCAGGAUGGUUUGGACAAGUGCCUACGAUAAUGCCGAAGAGAUGAGCACAAGUGGCAAGAAGAUGACUACCGCCGAAUCCGUUAACCAUCUCGAGCACAUGUGCAGCCUGGACAUUGAUUCCAAGGCGGCCUUUGUGCGUCUCUCUGGUAUCAUCUGCACCAUCGGACCGGCCUCUAACAGCCCCGAGAUGCUGCAGAAGAUGAUGGAGACGGGAAUGAACAUUGCUCGCCUGAAUUUCUCUCACGGCUCACACGAGUAUCACGCAAACACGAUCAAGAACAUUCGUGAGGCGGUGAAGAACUAUUCCGCAAAAUUGGGAAUGGCCUUCCCAUUGGCCAUUGCCCUGGACACCAAAGGUCCAGAGAUCCGAACAGGUCUACUGGAUGGCAGUGGAACAGCUGAGGUUGAGCUGAAGAAGGGAUCAAAGAUCAAGCUAACAACUAACACGGCCUUCCUUGAGAAGGGAAAUGCAGAUCAAAUCUACGUUGAUUAUGCCAACAUUGUGAAUGUCGUUGUGCCCGGAAACCGUGUUUUCGUGGACGACGGACUCAUUUCUCUGAUCGUGGACGAAAUUUCUGGGGACACCCUGACGUGCACAAUCGAGAACGGAGGCGUCCUGGGAUCACGCAAAGGCGUAAAUCUCCCAGGAGUGCCAGUUGAUCUUCCGGCUGUGUCCGAGAAGGACAAGUCCGAUUUGCAGUUUGGCGUUGAACAGGGCGUCGAUAUCAUCUUUGCUUCCUUCAUUCGCAAUGCGGCAGCUCUGAAGGAGAUCAGAGGAGUUUUGGGAGAGCAAGGAAAGGCUAUUAAGAUCAUCUCAAAGAUCGAAAAUCAACAGGGUAUGCACAAUCUCGACGAGAUCAUUGAAGCUUCCGACGGAAUCAUGGUGGCCCGUGGAGAUUUGGGUAUUGAAAUCCCUCCGGAAAAAGUCUUCCUCGCCCAGAAAACAAUGAUUGCCAGAUGCAACCGCGCUGGGAAACCUGUGAUUUGUGCCACCCAAAUGCUCGAAUCCAUGAUUAAGAAGCCUCGCCCAACACGCGCAGAAAUCUCCGAUGUGGCCAAUGCCGUUCUCGAUGGGGCUGAUUGUGUGAUGUUGUCCGGAGAGACGGCCAAGGGCGAGUAUCCGCUGGAGUGCGUUCUGACCAUGGCGAAGACAUGCAAGGAGGCCGAGGCAGCUCUGUGGCAGAAGAACCUCUUCCUGGAUCUCGUGAGCCAGUCCCCAUCGCCCCUCGAGGCUGCCCAUGCUGUGGCUAUUGCAGCUGUCGAGGCUUCCAGCAAGUGCCUGGCUGCUGCAGUGAUUGUCAUCACAACGUCCGGACGCUCUGCCCAUCUUGUGUCCAAGUACCGCCCGCGUUGUCCCAUUAUCGCAGUCACGCGUUACCCACAAACAGCUCGUCAGUGUCACCUCUACCGCGGCAUCUUGCCCCUCAUUUACGAAGAACAAGCACUUAGCGACUGGCUGAAGGAUGUUGAUGUCCGUGUUCAGUUUGGAAUGAACUUUGGAAAUUCGCGUGGAUUCAUCAAGAAGGGUGAUCCAGUGAUUGUCGUCACCGGCUGGCGACAGGGAUCAGGAUUCACCAAUACCAUUCGCGUCGUAAAUUAUGAGUAAAUGUUAACUCAAUCAUCUCAUGGAGAGAGUCACUUUUCCCCACGAAGUCAGACACAUAAUCGAGAUACUGAAAAAAUACUAUUAAUAUUUGUUGCAUUAGAGAUUGAAAAUCAAUGUGUAAUAAAAUAAAUGUAACUGAAAAAAAGAAA